AUGAUUAGUGUCAGAAAGAACCAACCUCCUGUAUCUCCCUAUUGCUGGGGCCCACAUAGGAUAGAGGAGCAUCCCCACCCUAAGCAGUGGCAACUCGAGAGGCAGAUGGCAGAUGGAGGAGGACUAAAGAAAUGUGUAGAAAGAGAUUUCCCACAGGAACAAAUCAUAAAAUACAUGAAUGGAGUGCUCAUAAUUCAGCAUUUGCAGAAGGACUACCGAGCUUAAUACAAUUUUCUAAAUUUUAUGUCCAAUAUUGGAGACCCCCAGAAUAUCUUUUUCAUUUAUUUUCCGCUUUAGUUUCAACUUAAUCAGACAGUUGGAACCAAGAUGAUAUGGGUAGCAGUCAUUGGGGAUUGGUUCAAUCUUAUAUUUAAAUGGAUAUUAUUUGGUCAUCGACCUUACUGGUGGGUCCAAGAAACUCAGAUUUACCCAAAUCACUCAAGUCCAUGCCUUGAACAGCUCCCUACUACAUGUGAAACAGGUCCAGGAAGUCCAUCUGGCCAUGCAAUGGGUUCGUCCUGUGUCUGGUAUGUCAUGGUAACUGCUGCCCUGAGCCACACUGUCUGUGGAAUGGAUAAGUUCUCUAUCACUCUGCACAGACUGACCUGGUCAUUUCUUUGGAGUGUUUUUUGGUUGAUUCAAAUCAGUGUCUGCAUCUCCAGAGUACUCAUAGCAACACAUUUUCCUCAUCAAGUUAUUCCUGGAGUAAUUGGUGGCAUGCUGGUGGCAGAGGCCUUUGAACACACUCCAGGCAUCCAAACGGCCAGCCUGGGCACAUACCUAAAGACCAAUCUCUUCCUCUUCCUGUUUGCACUUGGUUUUUACCUGCUUCUUAGACUGCUCAACAUUGACCUACUGUGGUCCGUGCCCAUAGCCAAAAAGUGGUGUGCCAACCCCUACUGAAUCCACAUUGACACCACGCCUUUUGCUGGACUCGUGAGAAACCUCGGGGUCCUCUUCAGCUUGGGCUUUGCAGUCAACUUGGAGAUGUUCCUCCUGAGCUGCCGAGGUGGAAACAGCUACACGCUGAGCUUCCGGUUGCUCUGUGCCUUGACCUCAUUGACCACACUGCAGCUCUAUCAUUUCCUCCAGAUCCCGACUCAGGAAGAGCAUUUAUUUUAUGUGCUGUCUUUUUGUAAAACUGCAUCCAUUCCCCUAACUGUGGUUACUUUCAUUCCCUACUGUGUUCAUAUGUUAAUGAAACAAAACGGAAAGAAGAUUCAGCAGCAAGAGGAACCGUUUUUCAUAGCCUUGGAGAAAAUGCCUGCCCUUAAUAAUGAUGGAAAAGGCUCUUCUGUUUCCAAUUUAUUUGUCAGAAAGAAUCUGUCCUCAGUUCAAAAACCAUGGUAUUUCCCCAAAGAACAAUAUGUUCUGAAGGAGCUGCCAGGACAGGGGCAGGUAAUGAGUGAAGGCAGCAGCUGCGGUCCCGCCGAGCGGGACUCCUGGCACACGUGGGAAGCGCGGGGAGGGAGGGAGGCGCUCGCAGCACAGCAGCCCAUUUCCGGCGCUGGCCAAGUGGAAACUGAAGCGGCUUCCAUGGGAGGAUCUGGGUGCGCUGCAGGGGGAGCAGGUCGUAUGUGUGCCUGGAAAAGAAACCCAGCGCUACCAAGACAAAAAAGAGCUUCUCUCCUCUCGCACUCACCUAACCCUGUGCAUCAACUAAGCCGAUCACACUCUAAUUCCUGUUCAAAGAGUUGGCUUUUUCCAGGAUUCAGGCUUUGUCUGACUAACAGCAUGGACCGGAUUGUCCUCUGUGCUCAUACAUACAUCCUGCUGCUAAUGGAAGAUGGGCAUUAUCUUCCACCCGCCCCCGCCCCUUGCCUCCAGGCUCAGUAA